CGAUUAUCGACUUAUGGACCCAUCUGGUGAAGGUGAGGUCGGACCACGACAACGCCGGCCUGAUGGUGGAGGUGAGGGCAAUGAUGACCCAGAUGAUGAUAAUGCUCCCCGUCCAGCAGUUGUGGAACACAGACCACAGCCGCCACGCCGAGGUAUACCUGAAGGAGCUAUGGGAAAGUGUGGGAUCCUAUUGGCAAUUAUCGUUGCCCUCUUCGCUUUGGAUGUACUACAGUUUAUGAUAUUCGGAGAUAACGAAUCCCCUACGAGACCUGUAGGGUAUUGGUCCGGCUCUAGUAACGGUGAUGAUGGACGGAUGAUCGAGGAUCAUCAUCAUGGUGUUGAGGAUGAAACUCCCGAUAUGUCGUGGGAACAAUCACGAGAGGGUAUAGCCAUGAGGCUACGUUUCCAAGCCGCUAUGGAUGAUUUCAACUCGGGCUACCUCAAGGAAAGCCAUGAUGAAUUCUACGCAUUGUACCAAUCAUCCGGCAAUUUAACGGCCCUGGCAUAUGCAGGUCAAACAGCGUUACCAUUGAAUAGUACCAGAGCUGCGCAGCUACUAGAGGAAGCUGCCAAUCAAGGAGAGCCACAUGCCCAGUUCAUACUGGGCCUCUAUUAUUCGAAUAAUUGUGGUGAUCCUCAUCGUAUAACAAUUCCUGGGGAGCAUGAAAGAGACUAUGGCAAGGGUAUACUCUAUCUAUAUGCCUCAUCCACUGCUGGUCAUACUGGUGCAUUAAUGACUAUGGGAUAUCGUCACUUGUAUGGCUAUGGAGUCCCUCGUAAUUGUGAAACUGCUGCUAUGAACUAUAUUGAGAUUGCCCAACGAAUAGCACACAUCUACUCCACAGGGCUACCACAAGCAGUGGAAUUGGUACGAUUAAAUCUUCAAGGAGUAUUGGCUGGAGAGACGGGUACUAAGAAGGGUCUCAGCCCCAAUGAGAUAUCCCUCUUUAAACAGCUUGCCUAUGCUGGUGAUAUUAAUAUAGCUAGUGCUGUAGGGAAGAGAUACUUACUGGGUGUUGAAGGCUUCCAACAGAGCUAUUCUGAGGCUAAGAAGUUCCUCGAACUAGGUGCUUCCCGAGACCAUGGUCCAUCUCAAGCACUACUUGGAUACAUGUACUGCCUCGGUCUCGGUGUUGAGGCUGAUGUCGCUAAGGCCAGAGCAUUGUUCUCGUCUGCGGCUGAUCAAGAUGAUGCCUUGGGUCUCAAUGGGUUGGGAUAUCUAAACUUCGAGGCCCGUGAUUUCGAUGAAGCAUUCUCUAACUUCAACAGGAGUGCUAUUAGAGGCUCUGCGGAUGGCAUGUUCAACUUGGCCAGCCUCUACCUAACAGGUACAGGCACGGUACAGAGUUUUCCUACCGCUUUUAUGUGGUAUGCCCAAGCACUGGAACGUGGUCAUACACCGGCAGCCUAUGCCCUUGCUAUCAUGCAUCUCAAUGGUGUUGGUACAGUAAGGGAUUGCCAAAUGGCUGUAAAACUCCUAAAGGAGGUUGCCGAACGGGGUGAUUGGGUUACUGAUACUCUAGAGGCAGCAUAUACUCAGAAGACGGUGGAUCCUAGAGCCAGUGCACUCACUUUCCUUCAACUAGCAGAAGCUGGUCAUGAGGUAGCACAAUCCAACUUAGCCCAUCUACUUGAUCGAGACCACAUUAAGCUCUUCCUAACCGAGGCCUCCGAGAAAUACGAUUCCGAGGACCUGGAUGAGUAUAGUGUAUUGUCUUCCUCCUCCUCCAAAACAGAUAGCAUAUCAUUGAUGCGAUUAUUAUCGCGCUUGGAGAAGCCCAACGCAUCAGGAAGGGUCUUGGCCCAGCGGUUCUAUGAGAUGAGUGCUGAACAGGGUAGCCCUUCUAGCGAGUUACGUCUCGGUGACUUUGCGUAUUAUGGUUGGGGGAUAGGAGUUCAGCUUGCUGAUGUCAACAUGAAGGAUGAUAUCGAUAUGAUCGCUGAAUGGGGUGAUGAUGAAAGAGAAGUCACUAAACAAUUGCAGACCGCUGAUAUACGAUACUACAAACAGGCCUCACCUGACUAUGAUGCGGCAUUGGCACACUAUAAACGUACAGCAGAAACCCAGGUCAUCGCGGAGUGGAUGCAACCCUUUAUAGGCCAGGCUAGGUUUGAUGUUGGUUUUAUGUAUCAGUGGGGACUAGGGGGAGUACCAAUGGAUUUAUCCCUAGCUGCCAAGCAUUAUGAGAAGUGCCUUGAGGUACAUCCCUCGUCGGGUAGUACCGUUGUAUCGAUAAUGCGAGUCGUGCUCAAACUCCAAGAAUGGUAUAUGAGGUUGCCUGCACGAGACGAGUUGACCAUCUCCCUCAUUGCUGAUAGGCGCCUGAGACUAAUAGCAAUAUGCGCUGUAGCACUCACCUUGUUGGUCCUGAUACGGAGCAAAUUCGCGAUGAGAGCAGAAGAAGAGGAUCUCCAGCGGCGGCUAGUUGUGGACAACCCUGAUGGAGCAGUAGCAGCAGCAGUUCCACCCGCGGAGUGAUCUGCAUCUUACUUGUGACGGUCUCUUUAGCUGUGGCCCUC